AUGGACAAGAUGAAUCCUACAGUGGACAAAUUGUGCGACCACUUUCCGAAGAUGGGCAGCGGUCACAAAAUCGGGUCCAAUCUUGUCCGUUCUCCUGCGAUACGUGCUUCAACUAUCGUGGGGGACAUCUACAUGGCCACACUAGCUAGGAACUUCCCACGGUGCACUAUAGUGUCUGCAGAGCCUCCGGGACCUGAAGCUUUGACGGGUCGCAUGGACAAAUCAACUGAGAGUCACGACGACCCGAUCUCUACGGACACCAAACGAUCAGGAAGAUCAUACUCAUCCUCCGGUACCGUAUCGGGUCAAAGCACGCUCCUAAGUACUACUCUGCCUACAGAUGAGAACGCCACUGCUCAGACUGUCGUGUGGGGACCCAUCAUACACUUUCAUGCAACCCAUCGGCCUCUGAAUUCCGCCAGCGAGGGAUUGGGGGCUCACGAGAAGAGGAAAACCAACAUAGACAACACGGUGGAGACUCCCAUAGGUGAUGAAUCUGACACAGACAGCAAUGCAGCUUCCAUGGUUGAACCGCGUGAAGGUUCCUCAAGCCCGGCAGAAAGUGAUGACUCUGAGAACGACACUGGAACCAGCUACAGCUCUGCCGCCGAGACUAUUGCUACUGAUCUCACUGCGCACAUCAUGAGGCCACCUCCACCCACCCCACCAGAUUCAAUCUUCCAUCCAACUCUGUCUAUGCCCACUCUCCCAACAAUUCAUCAUAUCUCGGAUGCCACGCUGGUUGAGCAGUAUCGCCUCCAACGAGCACAUGAUCCGGAGGCCUUUGACCAAGAAACCCAGUCCAUCAAACGGGGAUUGAUUGCAGCCAAAAUCGCCAGGGGUGGGAAAGAUAAGCUGCUGAAGAAUGAAUACACAGUCGAACUUGCAAGCCGCGAGGAUGCUGCAACAGCUGAAAGAUGGGCCUCUGGAAGAGCUUCACGCAACACCUCCAGUAAUCAUACUUCAGCUAGUGCGUCGUCCGUCAAGGCAAAUGUGGAACUGUGCGAUGGAGAAGUCAAUCUCACUACAACUGCAGCAGGAACAAGGGGAGAACUCAAUGAAAGCCUGGAGACGGCCGAAACCUCGAAGGCCCCGAAGAUACCCGAGACGGUCCCAAAGGACGAACAUGACCCUGUCGAAUCUAUCAUGUCGGAGGCAAUGUCCCACGUUCUUCAGUCUCGCUUUAGAAGCUUCACGUAUGAUACCGCAUACGACCAUGGGCAUACCUCACUUCGCCGUCAGCAGUGUGUGACGAAGGAAGUGAACGAUGGGGUAGAAAGACACACAAUCAAAACUUGGAUUGAGCUCACAGACGUCUACGAUACACCAAAGGUCAGUGCUCCCCAGCCCAAAGGGGACCAAACUGUGGCAGUCAACGACUAUCCUACUCACGCCACCGACGCCGUCGAGCGAGGCACCACCGCAUCAGAGCCGGAGCCCCUAACAGCAGAAGAGAUCCAGAGUAUCUACGAGGUCUUGCGUCGUCCUUGA